AUGGGACAAAAGGUCAUCGCAACAGCUCGGAACAUCGAUAGGAUCCGUGAUAUAGAGCAAGCAGGGGCGGCUGUAAUGACAGUGGAUGUCACCUGGUCGCCAGAAAAGCUGAAAGAAGUGGCUACAAGCGCUAUCGGGACCUAUGGGAGAGUGGACUACCUAAUCAAUAACGCUGGUUACCCGUGUCAAGGUGCAAUCGAGGAAGUGAGCCACCAAGAGACUUAUGAUGUUUUUAGCACGAAUGUAUUCGGUGUUCUGAACGUUACGCGGUCGUUCCUUCCUCACUUUCGCGAACGUCGUUCUGGCGGUAUCGUAAUCAUCUCAUCCAUUUCAUCAAGACAAUACUUUCCAGGAAUCACCAUUUACUCUGCUACGAAAGCAGCAGUGUCAAUGAUAGGGGAAGGACUGAAAGACGAAGUGGAAGCUUUAGGGAUCAAGGUACUUACGGUUGACCUGGGAGUAUUCAAAACCUCAGCGUUCAAAAGAGACACAAACCUCAAGAAGGCGGCUCAAGUUAUUCCGGAUUAUAAGCCCAUUAAUGAUCGGUACGACGAAAUUCGGGAAAUUUUGAUGGGAAACGAACCCAACGAUCCCAAACUGGGAGUGUUACGUAUAAUCGAAGUGAUUACUCAGAGUGGUAUGGCUGCUGGUAGAGUAGUGCCAGUACGGAUCCCUUUGGGAAAGGAUGCAAAAGAGCCAUUGAUUAAUAAUUGUCACGAUAUAAUUGAGGAGGUCGAAGGCUGGAGCAACAUUAUCUCCUCAACCGGUUACUGA